CCCGCUCACCCCUCCGCGAAACCCUCACUUACCCCAUUACUCAUCUCUCUCUUCCGUGAGCGGCGGCGACAGCGGUGGCGCCGCAUCUAGCAGAGAGGCCGGCGAGAGGAUAUUUCAAGGUCACCGUGAGCACAUCUGGCAGCACAACUCCUUCAAUUGAGGAGAGUUGAAGGCCACCGUCACUACAUCUAGCAGCACAAGCACAACUACAAUCUGAGUCAGAUCUUUUACCGGUUUAGCUGGACCAUAUGGUGGAUGAAGCAGCAGUACAUCAGGUGUCCCCGCUGUUGGCGCUAAUGUCCAAGGAGGAAGCUCGGCGCUGCUUCUUUGAUUUCAUGACCAAGUAAUUAGUGACCUCAAUCUUUUUAAUACCAUACACUUGAUUGAUUCACCAUUUGCAGUGGACAUAGUGAAUUGGCGGAGCUCUAGUUGGAAACAAAAGCCCAUUGUGAAUUAACAUGGUUUGACGACACAAUUGGUAGGAGUAGAGAACCAGAUAUCGACAGAAAGUUUUCAACAUUUAGUACUGACAUCGGGGUUACGCAAUAUGAGGAGCUUGUUGAUGCCGGAAAAAUGUUUCUUGUAAAGUUCCGUCAGGAAUUAGAGCAUUUUCGAAGACCAAUGAUUCCCAUGGAAUCGGAUGCUGUCAGUCAGUUAGUCAAAUCUAACUACACUGAUCGACUGAGGUCCUAUCUUGAAGCAGGCUGCCACCUUCAGCACCAAAGUAUCCGGAAUAUUAACCAGUAAUACUACAAUGCUUCAGCUUUUUUAGUGUGCUCGCGGGAACAAAUGGGUAGGCCCUCUUGUGAAACCCACGAUGCUGAAGUAUUGUGCAUGGUGGUUACUGUGGCAGCAGGGCACAACUGCAAUAUCUAUAUUCAGUACAAUCUUGCGAGGAAAAAUUGAGGACCAUAUAAAUAAAGUAAAACAGCUGCGACGGUCGAAUUUAUUCAGAGCUAAAGUUUUGAUUGAAGAACUUGAAUGCCUGGCCGAGGAUGUUUAUAGCACUAUGCUAACAGCCAGCCUUAGUAUCUUAGAAGCUUCAGAUUGCUUUGAUGAUGAUGAUAACCUGCCAGCAGAUUCUUGUGAGGAUGAAGGGCAGUCUGUGGAUCCGUUGGACAGCGCAGUAUCUUACUCGAGCGUUAUGAUUCUGGUUCACAAUAUGUUAAAGUUGGAUUAUUCGAUGCAGGAGAAGAUAGUCAAGGCACUGUGCCUUAAAACACCAUCGUCGGAGCUAGAUGGCUAUUGUCUAAUGUGGGACUUGCGGCCGUAUAUUGAUGACAAUGUGAUGCAGCUUGCCUGGAAAUUCAUUUCGUAGAAGCGGAGCGGACCACGCCUGACGGUAAACUAGUGCCUGAUGGACAAUGAUUUUGCUGCAAGCAUUGUUAUGUGGGGCUAGAAAGGGCCCCGCCUAAACUUAAAGGGAUAUGUAUCCCCUAUUUACCCUUAGCAGUUUAGAUCUUUUAGAGAUAUUUCUUGAUUCCCAAGUUGGUUAUUUCCUAAUGUUUGUUAGUUCGGUUUGGCCUCCAAGUUUGUAAGUCAACACCCCAAGCUAAGUCAAAUAUUGAAAUAGGCGGAAAAAAAUGUGAUUUUUA